AUGGAUAACUCUAUUGAAGGCAAAGGCAACGGUCUCAUCCUUCUUCUGCAUGGAGGACCAGGCACAGGGAAAACCCUCACAGCAGAAUCAGUCGCUGAGCUCACUCGCAAGCCUCUCUACCGUGUAACCUGCGGGGACAUCGGCACGAAUGCCGAGGAGGUCGAGAAAUAUCUCGAGUCAGUUCUUCAGCUAGGUACAAUCUGGAAAUGCGUUGUUCUCCUUGAUGAAGCGGACGUGUUUCUCGAGGAACGGACACAGCACGACUUGCAGCGAAACGCUUUGGUAUCCGUUUUCCUUCGCGUGUUGGAGUACUACGAUGGAAUUCUCGUUCUGACUUCCAAUCGGAUCGGCACAUUUGAUGAGGCUUUCAAAUCACGUGUACAACUCACCGUUCACUAUCCUACUCUAGAUGAGAGUAGUCGUAGACGGGUCUGGACAAAUUUUAUCACGAGACUUCGCUCGACAAAUCCUGAAGCCAAAACUGAUCAGAUCUUGGAAAAGGUCGACACACUUGCCAAUUUCCAACUGAACGGACGUGAGAUUAGGAAUAGCGUUCAAACUGCGAUGUUACUUGCAGAUCAUCUAGACGAUGUUAUUGAAGUUUCAAACGAAUUCACAGAUUACUUACGAGAUAUGCAUGGCCAUGGUCCGUCGGAAUGGGCUAGAUCGCAGUUAAUAAGAUGA